CCGCGCGUAUGGAUUACAUGGAUUAUUUAACUAUCUAAUCAAAGUAUCGCGAUGCGAUAUGGCAACUGGUAUCGAUGAGUCUGUCGAAGUGAGACAUUUUAAGGGUACGAACGACACCAAUGACAAGAACGUCAUUGUUUACAGGCCACUUUCCGCGAGUUUUAGGAAUUCGGGAAAGUGGCCAGAGAAGAACAGCGCCGGUGAAAAGGACUCGAGUUUUCUAUAUUUGUCCGCAUUUACAGUCAACUUGAUAGCGUUCGUCUCGGGAGUUGGAUACUCGUGGACAUCUCCAGUGGUACCAAAACUUCGAGGUCCGGACAACCCCCUUAACGCUCCCGUCGAUGACCUCCAAGUCAGUCUAAUAACAGCUCUGCUGAGCAUCGGAGGUGCUGCGGGUCCAUUUGCCUUCGGCUACCUCUGCGAUCGUAUCGGAAGGAAGAAGACCCUGAUACUGGUAGCUGCUUGCAUGACGGUGGCGCUUACCAUCUUGGCGUUCGCACGGGAUGUGAGAUUUUACUACGUCGCCAGGUUCAUUCACGGCGUUGGAAUCGCUGGAUGCUUCACGGCGCUCAUCAUCUACACGGCCGAAAUAACCCAAGAUCACAACAGGGGCAAAUUCAGCUGCAUCCAAGGAGUGUUCGUCGCCUUGGGCUUUUUCUAUUCUUACUCCGCGGGUCCCUAUUUAAACGUGAGAACCUUUUGUCUCUCGUGUCUGCUACCUCUGCAAAUAUUUCUCAUAUUUUUCCCCCUGUUUAUGCCGGAAUCUCCGUUCUAUCUCGUAAAAAUCGGGGACGAAUCUUCCGCACGCAAGGCGAUCAGGAAACUGCACAGGAAAUCAGCGCAGGAAGCGACGCAAGACGUUUCGAAAAUUAGAAGUUUUAUCGAUUCCGCCGGUGAUCGAAAGGGCGGUUUUAGGGAACUGUUUGCCACUAAGGCCAGCGGCAAAGCGUUCGCAAUCAGUCAGGGUUUGAUGAUAAUCCAGCAGUUGUCCGGGGUGAACGUGGUCUACAGUUUUUUGCACACCAUAUUUCGUUCCACCCAAAGUACGAUAUCCGCCGAGUAUUCCAGCACUUUGGUGAGUGCCAUUCAAGUAGUCGCGGUUCUAUUAACACCCACAGCCGUCGAAAAGCUGGGUAGAAAGUUCCUGCUUCUCAGCUCUUCAAUCGGAUCAGCUGUUUCCGUAAUUUCGCUAGGGGUUUAUUUCCUGCUUCAGAGGAACGAGUGCGACGUGGUGGCCGAUCUGUGGUGGCUCCCGAUUUCCUCCUUGUUCCUCUUCAACGUGAGUUUUAACAUCGGUUUGGGCAGGGUUUCUUGGACGGUGGUGAGCGAGAUUUUCCCCACGAAUGUGAAAUCUUUCGCUACAGCUCUGGCGUCCACCACCUGCUCUUUGGUGUCUUUCGUUGUAAUUUUCUCGUAUCCGGUGCUGAGCCCUCGCUUGGGGGUGCCGGAGUCUUUCUUCGUUUUCGGCGGAUGCUCGUUGAUAGGCGCGGUUUUCAUUUACGCCGUGAUUCCCGAGACCAAAGGCAAAUCGUUACCCGCGAUCCAGGAACUGCUUAGUAGAUAAAAUUCGGCAUUAAGCUUCGGCAUCAGUUACUUUGCUAAUGAUUGGAGGUUGAAACUUUUCGAUUAAAUUAUUUAAUAGGAAAAUUA